UCGCUAUGAAUGAAUACCCGGAAAUGGGAAUUCCCCACAAACAUCACCAGACGAACGAUUGGUUCAUGCUGGGUGGGUGCGUUGAACGAGACAGUCGCCGUCCGUCAAAUUUUAGGAUUGAGCAAGUUACAGGACUAAGGUGAACCAUGAACUCGGCGACAGUAGACCCAACGGGCGAGGAGAUCUCCCUGGAUGUUAUCCCGACCGGGGAUGACCAUGCCGUGCAGACCUUCAUGACAGAUCACCUGCAGCGUCAACUCCUCAUGAAACAAUUCAACCUGUCCAUCAGGCGUGCUGGAAUGUUCCUGUACAUCGGCACGCUGGCUAUGGCGCAGAGGUCGGAAGAACUUAUCAAGGUACAGAAUGCUCUCUUGGAAAAUCUGAAACUGAAUGAUACCUCGGCCGUGAUGCUGCAGAGCUUCCAAAGCGGGGCUGUCAAUAUUGUUGAGAAACUGAAAGUCGCCUAUCUGUACCUCAUGGAUGGGUUUCCCGAGUUCGCCAAGACUGAUGUAGAAGCGAUUGGGAAGGACAUUAGCACUAUGCGAGCCCAAGCUGACAAGACGAAGAAGUCUACUGCUGAGUGUGCAAAAGAUGUCGAGGCUAUCAAGAAACUGGUUGAGGGCAAAAUAAAAAAGGUUCAGGAGAAAAUGAAAGAGAUUGAAGAGAUUAAACGGGGUAGAGAAAACCCCGCAGUACCGUCUUACCAGAGCGGCGCCCGGCCUAAAGAGGAGAGGGAUAAGUGGUACACCUGUGUGUGGUGUAACCGCGAAUAUGAUUGCCAUGGUUGCUUCGAAUGCUGGUACUUUUUUUGUGCAUGCUUUUUUCCAUACAGGGAUUCGAACACCGAUCAAGAUGCACCAGGACCUACUGAGUCAAAACAUGUGGAAGUCGACCCCGAUGAAGAGGAAGAGGAACUACACAAGCUAGUUGGAGAUCUGGAGUUACUCAAGUUGACCUUGGAAGUCCUCUCUAAGGCCUCAUUGACCCUGAGAGAGUGUGAUGGUUUCCUCGACCAGUUGCUGGGGGUUGUUGAUAAAUGGUAUAAAGAAAACAAAGAAGUGGUCACGCCUAGCAUGGCAGAGAACAUCCGCCGGACUGAGGGGAUGAGUGAGGAAGAGAUGCGGAAAUACUGGCAGUCGAUUAUGUUUAAACAGGAGGUGCAAAGGUUUUACACAAGGUGGGUGGCCCUGAAGAUGUACUGCGAGAGCACGCGUAAGAACCUGAAAGAUAUCCGCGCAGAGACAGAAGCGUGGUACGUGGAUAACCCCCGACCAAGGGAUGCAGUCAAGAAAGCGUGGGAGAUCGCAAGGAAGGUCGAUGAUAAAGAACUUAAUAAGCUUAUCAAAAAAAAGGACGAACGCAUUGAAAAGCAACACGAUCCUGCUGCUGCAUCUGCACUCGUUAACACCAAUUAACAGUAUAAGUUCAUAAGCUAGGCUAUUAUGGGAGAUGGAAUAUAUUAUACCAUUUAAUCAUUUGUCAGUACUCAAAAGCUAUGCUGUAGUCCGUGUCACAAGAAAAUUGAACAUCAUGUAAAUACACAUCUGGGAAAUGUUCUCCGUAUUUUGCUUCUGAUGGCUCCUUCUUGGCCUCUGUCCGAUUCAUGCCCAGAACUCUUACCUACCAACGACGAACUUUCAAGUUUCUGAUGAAAUAUCAAGUUUGUUCAACAGCUGAGGUUUCAAGGUGAAAUUAACAACCAUCAAAUGUCAGUUUCUCGUGAAAUAGACUGAGUUUGCCUGCAUCUGGGUACUCUUAACGAAUUUAUCCAGCACACACGAUUAUAAACUGAACAAUGAUUACACUAUUAUUUGGAAACAGAUGUACCGAAUUAUUCGCUUGCAACAAUAGCUAGAUAUAAUCUUACUACUGUAAAACAUGCAUAAUAAGUGAGCUUUGAUCAUUUAUUCGAGUUAAGCAGGAUGUACUAUAAACCGUGGGUCUUGUGAGGCUACGAUAGGCGUCAUUUCAUUGGUACUGAUUGAAGUGAUAUCACUUGUGUCAAUGUCUGUAUCUGCAUGUGCAUUUGCUGCCCAUAUUUUCCACUCUUGUUUGAAACACCAGGAUAGACUUCACGGCCAUGACAGUGUGACGAUGUCUGUCAUGUCUGUACGUGUCGUUGCCAUUUCUGCACAUGAAUAACACAUCGGCACUCGAACUCCAACUCGUCAUUUACAGGAAAAGUAGAGUUGGUCGUGAUUAUGAUGCCAUUGAUUUGCUUUGUUGUUUUGAGGUAUAUAUCAUAUCAUGUAGAUUUAGGUGUAUGAUAUUGAUUACUGUAAUUCAUGCACAGGAAUCUUCUUGCUCUCGUCGACUUGUUUACAUUGGGUUCUAUCAACUAUUAACAUAGCCAAAAUACAUGUAACCUACAUUCAA